AUGGACGAUCCUUGGGGCUCUCCUUGGGAUACGAACGAGAAUGGAUCUAUAGCAGCGAUACAACUUGUUACACCGCCGCCAGCAGUCGCGUUCAACACCAGUACCCGAAAGCAGAGCCCUGCGCCGCCAUGGGGUGAAGAGGAAGAUGAAGGCGGCUGGGGCGGAUGGAACGCGGCGUCUGCACCGGGGGCAGAGAGUCCCGGAUGGGGGAGAAGCCCGGGACUCAAGCCCGUCGGAGCUUUGAGGUCGAGAAGCGUCUCUCCCGUGCCAUGGGGCCAGAGAGCUGGCGACCCGGGCCUUGUUGGACUUCAGCCUGAUGCGGAUGCGCCCGCAACCGCUCCGAAGAAGCCGCCGUCUACCAGCUCGCACAAGAUCAGCGACGAGGAUUUCUCAGACAUCGCUGACCAGCAAUCGGAAGGGGAAUACGAUGAGCCACAGCCCAGCCCCCCUACACGAGCAGAGUCGCCGGAUGGACCCCCUCCUGGGUCGGCGCUCAGGACAGAACGACCGGAUGUCAGCAGGAAGGGCUCCAGAGUCCAAGGGCUUGUGGACUUGUAUGACGGAAUCUCCAGACAUGCCUCACCGUUGGACAAAACGUUGCCAUCAUUGGACUCACGGCUUGAGGCACCAAGCGAAGACGAGGAAUCGGGGGCGGAGUCUAGCAGCGGUACCAGCACAACUGAUUCGGGGAUGCCAGAGAAGGACCCCAAACCGGCUGCCAGCAGGCUAGAAUCCCACGAGAGCGAAAACUUCGGAGACCAGACCGUCAUCGUGGACGAGACAGCACACCAUGAGCCAGAUCUGGCCGAUGACCCGCCGGCACAAACACCAUGUUCGGAAAAGGUUGUGCCUACAGCAUUGCCCAUUGAUCUCUCUCUAAUGGAUGACUUGUUUCCCUGGACACAUCCAUCGACCACAGCACCCGAACCACUCCCACCCAACAUCAUCGACGACACAUUCGCCACGCCAGGUGAGCGCAGGAUGUGGUACCGCAUCUCACGGUUUGGUUCUUCGAGGAAACACGACCACGGCAACGACGAUAACUAUGUUCACAUGAACUGGGGGCACUCUACUGUCAGAAAGGAGACGCUCCAGACAGUGAGGCGAUGGAUGGAGGAAGAUUCCAUAGCUGGCCGAGGCGUAGGCCUCGCGCACCGAGCUAAAGGUGCCAUUGGUGGCGGCAAGAUGUUUGGCUGGGAUAGGACUGGCGCCGAUGUCGAGCCCGUGGACGUUGAUUCUCUGCUCAAGAGAAACCGAAAGACAAGUGCGCGCGAGGAGAGGCCACGAACGGCCAGCUUCGGAUGGAGUUCAUCAGGCGACCACCCCCUUGCGAGUGCUUUCUCCCCACCCCCUUUUAUGAAGAGCAGACCGCAGUCGAUGGUCCCAGCGGCCAAUGAUGCCGUCGAGCGGGAGAAACUCCGACCCAAAUCCCUGAUCAUCCCUCCUCCGAAACCGAUGGACCGGCCGUCUCUUGACCAAGUGGUGACCCCAGCUUUGCACUCGCCUGGAUCGAUGCUCAGCGCUGCUCCACUAACGGGAGUGGCUGAAGAGGGAGACGAUGACGAUGACGAUGACGAUGACGAUGACGAUGACUGGGGCGAGAUGGUAACCUCCCCGACUGCUCCUGCAAGCGCUGUUCUCGACACGACCAUAGUCGCAGGCGCCUCUGAUUCAGCUACUCCCAACGCUACUCCGACUGGCAAUGGUAUCUUUGAGAGCAGAAGCGCAGCCAGCUCACCGACCGCGCCUGUAGUCGGCUCUGAUCGGACUGCGAAACCUUUGUCGCCUCUGAAAUUCGACACAUUUGUGCAACCGGCAAACGAGCCGCUACCGCCGCAACAACCUUUUCCAGAAGUAAAACCGUCUGUAGCGUCGCCGUCACUGUCACCUGCCCGCAUGACAUUACCGGCGCAACCCACCACAGCUGGCAGCACGAAGCCAGCGACCACGCAUUGCGAGACGAAGCAUCAGUUAUCACAAGAGGAGGAAGAUACGGCCACGAGCAUUUUGCGCAAUCUGCCGGAUCUGACGUAUAUGCUCAGAUGA